AUGGUAAUACGUAAACGUGGAAGGGAGCCUGAACAAUCAGACUGGGGAGCCCAAGGUAGACUACGCUCACGGCCAAAGCCCAAUCCUCCCAACGUCCAGCUACCAUCAGAGCAAUCCAAACAGCGAGGUAAACCACGACGCCUACGGCUCAUUCCUCCAAGACUCCAAAACCAAACGGGCCCGAGCGGAGCGGAGUCUACUGAUCCAGGGUCAAGCCACAGCGAGACCUCGACUUGCUAUUCCCAGGACGUUACAAAUUACGACGUGGAUCGAGGUGUCGAAGCCGCCGGAACUCCACAAGCCGGAGACAUUGAAUAUUGGGGAAAGCAGAAAGGGGCUGCUGAGUUCAUCCGGUCACAGUCUGGUCUCGAAACGAGUUGGGUCGGCAUCCGGCCUCUGGGUAAGGGAGGUUGUGGCAUCGCUGGUCUCUGGGAGCUUCGGGGCGAUGACGGCCAGGUAAUUAACCAAAUGGUAAUCAAACAGGAAACACACACGAAAAAUAACUGGAAGAAACGCACAUCCAUAAGAAAAGUACCGCAAGAGGUAAAAGUCAUGAGCAAACUGAAUAAGACACACUGUCAUGCUAUACCGCGUCUUUUCAAUUACAAACGAUACCCGCACGUUUUUAAACACCGAAUGUAUAUGGAAUACUGUCCUUACAAGGACUUGUCGGUGCUUUGCAAGAGGUACGGUAGAUUCAGGCAACACUUGCCAGAACCAUUUCUGUGGGAUACAUUCUACCAUUUGGUAGAGGCGGCUACAGCGAUGAGAAAGGGAUCAAAAUGUGGCAUAGGGGAUUUUGAGAUUGUGCACCGAGACCUAAAACCCGGUAACGUCUUUCUAGGAGAAGUGAAUGAGGAUAAAGGUUUCCCUUUUUACCCGGUCGCCAAGACAGGUGACUUUGGCUUAGCUGUAAUGACCAGCGCCAAAGAUCCUUCGAACCCGAGCAGGUAUCGAGGCCCCGGAACUCAAGGCUACCUUGCGCCAGAGCAGGUGAAUGACGACACCCCCAAGGAAGAGCAGGGCAAAUUGUCCUCAUAUACCAACGUCUGGGCCAUCGGCGCAACAAUGCUCGAACUGCUGACCUUGUACGCACACUUGGAUUAUAUCAACGACCCCGAAUAUAAUGACGCUGGCAGGAUUAGAGUCAUCGAAACCAACAAGGAGCCAGAGUACAGUCAAGAUCUAAGAGACCUGAUCAAAGCUUGCAUCGAACCCAAACCUUUGGAACGGAUAAAGCUCGAAGACCUCCGAGCCCGCAUCAAGUCAUAUCAUGAUCGCAUCAUCAGAGAAUACAGACAAUCAAGCAACGAUUGGCGGGCAAGAUACGAAUCCGACAGUCUUCUUUACUACGCCCGGAACGAAAUCAACAACAUGCCUACAGGCGAAUGGGAACCUUACAAAGCGAUCAGCCCAUCGAAGCCUGAAGAGGUGAAGUUUCCCGAUCAUGCCUGGCCGGUCGUGUUCCCACGUUUUGACGAUGGUCCCGAGGCCGGAGGCAAAAAGGGCGGUGACGGUAACGGUGUUGCAGGAAAAGAAGGCGGAGGUAUAAAAGGACUAAAGGGUGGCCUGCCAGGUGGCGCACCAGACGGAGGAACGGACGGUAAUUCCGGCGACUCGCUUUCCCCCCCGCCAUCUGAUCCUCAGCCACCCACUUCUUUCCAUGUCCCUGCUCCCAGAAGGCUCAGGAAUGGAUCGAUCUUUGGAUACUGA